AUGAAGCUGGAGGACAUCUUCGUCGACUACUUGAAAUCCGGCGGCUCCUGGAUGGAAUCGACCCUCGUGGUCUCGACCAGUACUUUAAAGAGCAAAGAGCUGAAGACCAACGAGGUGUUCAUGCGGUACUGCGACUUGAAGAAGCGAGAUGGGGCCGUGACGGCCAAGCUCAUCCGCGACGAGAAGCGGCUGCUACAGGACGAGCUCGACAAGAAGCCGAAGAUCGCCGGCGAGGAGCCGCUGCCGUACAUAUUCGCCCAUCCUGACUUACCAGGUUCGGAGGACUGGGAGCUGAUCAGGGUGUUUGACUCGGCGACGGUUGUCGCCUCGGACAAGAGGACACAGGAGGCCCAGCUCUCCACGGGGCCUCUGGAGCUGGAUGGGCAGCAGACACGUAUGCCAGCAGCCCUGGGCUACAAUGCUGCUGCUGCAAGCGGCUCGGCUGAUCCUGCUGCUGCGGUGUCCGUGCUGCCACAACCCAGCGGCCUCCGGACGUUGGGAUCGAAGGAGUCUCUCGAGAGAGAGGCGGAGCAGCUGAAGAAGAUGCGAAAGCAGGGCAAAGGAGGCGUUGCCGGGCAGGUGAGGACCAAGGCGAAGCAGGUCGGCGACAAGAUUGCCGAGGCAGAUGACUUGAUGACGAAGGUGACCGACUGUGAGCACGUGUCCCCGCCGCUUCGCACGGGCUACAAGGAUGAGCUGGCGAUGCACAAGGCGGCUCUCACAGAGCACAUGGAGAUGAUGCAGGCUGAGGACUUCGAGAAGGGCUCGGAAGAGGCGGUGCAGAAGGCCUUCGACGAUCUUACCGAAAAGCUCAAGGCCUACUCGGUGCCAAUCUCCUGGGUGCGAGUGCCGAUGCGAGCAUCGAUCACAGACGACACCGUCGUCAUGAGGAAACUACCGGUCAUCCUCCCCCACGAGCUGCUGUGCUACUUAAAUGUCGAGAAGAUUGCCGAGGGGGAGAUCGAUAUAGAUGCUGUCAAUACAUACUGGCAGCAUUGCAAGCGAUACACUGAAUGGGCGGGGCAACACCCGGGAGCCGAUGAGUCGCUUGGCCCCUGUGUCCCGUUAUGGCUGUAUGGAGAUGACAUCAAGCACAGUGUGCGAGAGAAGCUGUGUGCCAUGUAUUUGGGACAUGUGCUGUCGAAAGCUACAUUUUCUAUGCGGAGUCAUUUUCCGAUCUUCAUCAUCAGGGAGGCCGCAGCCCUGAGCUGUGGCUUCAACACGAUCCAAGCCUACCUUCGCCCUGCGCGGGUUGUGACGAGCUGGCUGGCUGACUUUACGGUGGAGUUGCUACACGAAGGAAGCGGCAAUGCUGGCAGUCAUUUUGGGGUCUAUGGGUUAUAA